AUGGAGCGGCUGCAGCGGAUCUUUGGCGCCUCCGGCAUGGGGCAGCCGCCGACGGACUCGCCGCUGCUCGACUCCUCCGAGCAGGUCUACAUCUCCUCCCUCGCGCUUCUCAAGAUGCUCAAGCACGGGAGGGCGGGCGUGCCCAUGGAGGUCAUGGGCCUCAUGCUCGGCGAGUUCGUCGACGACUACACCGUCAGGGUCGUCGACGUCUUCGCCAUGCCGCAGAGCGGGACUGGGGUCAGCGUCGAGGCCGUUGACCACGUCUUCCAGACAAACAUGCUUGACAUGCUCAAGCAGACCGGCAGGCCAGAAAUGGUUGUAGGCUGGUAUCACUCACAUCCUGGCUUCGGUUGCUGGCUAUCAGGCGUUGAUAUCAACACUCAGCAGAGUUUUGAAGCUUUGAACCCCAGGGCGGUUGCUGUUGUGAUAGACCCCAUCCAAAGUGUGAAGGGAAAGGUGGUUAUUGAUGCAUUCCGCCUCAUUAAUCCUCAGACCAUGAUGCUUGGCCAGGAGCCACGGCAGACAACAUCAAAUGUUGGGCACCUAAAUAAGCCAUCUAUUCAGGCUCUUAUCCAUGGGCUGAACAGACACUAUUACUCAAUUGCAAUCAAUUACCGGAAAAAUGAGCUUGAGGAGAAAAUGUUGCUGAACUUGCACAAAAAGAAAUGGACCGAUGGGCUAAUUUUGAAGAGGUUUGACACUCACUCGAAAACCAACGAGCAGACUGUCCAGGAAAUGCUGAACCUAGCCAUCAAGUACAACAAGGCAGUGCAAGAGGAGGACGAGCUGCCACCUGAGAAACUUGCGAUAGCAAAUGUGGGUCGGCAAGAUGCAAAAAAGCAUUUGGAAGAGCAUGUGUCGAACUUGAUGUCAUCAAACAUAGUUCAGACCCUAGGAACCAUGCUCGACACGGUUGUCUUUUAG